CCCGGCACCACUAUGGACAGCAGGCCCCUGCCUUGGCUGCUGCUCGUGCUGCUGCUGCUCUGGGCCCCGAACCUGCGGGGCCAGGAGGAGCCCCCGCCGGAGGACCCCCCCCAGGAGGAGGAUGGGGUCUUAGUGCUGAGUCAGAGCACCCUGGGCCGGGCACUGCGUGAGCACCCCGCCCUGCUGGUGGAGUUCUACGCCCCCUGGUGUGGGCACUGCAAGGCACUGGCCCCCGAGUACAGCAAGGCAGCAGGGCUACUGGCAGCAGAGUCAAGCAAAGUUCGGCUGGCCAAGGUGGACGGGCCCUCGGAGCCAGAGCUGACCAAAGAGUUUGCUGUGACGGGGUACCCCACGCUCAAGUUCUUCCGGGACGGGAACCGUACUCACCCUGAGGAGUACACAGGCCCACGGGAGGCUGAAGGCAUUGCCGAGUGGCUGAGGAGGCGGGUGGGGUCCAGUGCCACACAGCUGGAGGACGAGGAGGGGGCCCAGGCGCUGAUUGAUUCCCAGGAUGUGGUAGUCAUUGGCUUUUUCCAGGAUCUGCAGGAUGAGGAUGUGGCCACCUUCCUGGCCCUGGCUCAGGAUGCCCUGGACAUGACCUUCGGCUUCACUGACCGCCCGCAGCUCUUCCAGAAGUUCGGCCUCACAAAGGACACCGUGGUCCUCUUCAAGAAGUUUGACGAGGGCCGGGCAGACUUCCCUGUGGACGAGGAGCUGGGCCUAGACCAGGGGGACUUGUCCCGCUUCCUCCUCACACACAGCAUGCGACUGGUCACGGAGUUCAAUAGCAAGACCUCACCCAAGAUCUUCGGGGCGAGGAUCCUCAACCACCUUCUGCUGUUUGUCAACCAGACGCUGAGCCCCCACAGGGAGCUGCUGGCUGGGUUUGGGGAGGCGGCUCCGCCAUUCCGAGGGCAGGUGCUCUUCGUAGUAGUGGAUGUGGCUGCGGACAAUGCCCACGUGCUGCAGUACUUUGGCCUCAAGGCCGAGGAGGCCCCCACCCUGCGCUUCAUCAAUGUGGAGACCACCAAGAAGUACGCUCUCACGGAUGGGACCCCUGUCACUGCAGCCUCGGUCACUGCCUUCUGCCACUCAGUCCUUGAUGGCAAGCUCAAGCCCUAUCUUAAGAGCCAGGACAUCCCCCCGGACUGGGACCAGCAGCCAGUCAAGACUCUCGUGGGCAAGAAUUUCGAGCAGGUGGCUUUUGAUGAGACCAAGAAUGUGUUUGUAAAGUUCUAUGCCCCCUGGUGCACCCACUGCAAAGAGAUGGCCCCGGCCUGGGAGGCACUGGCUGAGAAGUACAAGGACCAUGAGGACAUCAUCAUUGCUGAGCUGGAUGCCACAGCCAACGAGCUAGAGGCCUUGGCCAUUCACGGUUUCCCCACACUCAAGUACUUCCCCGCCGGCCAGGGGCGCAAGGUGAUUGAGUAUAAGAGCAACAGAGACCUGGAGACAUUUUCCAAGUUCCUGGACAGUGGGGGCGAGCUCCCUGUGGAGGAGCCAGCACCGGAGACCCCAGACAAUUCUACGCGGGAGCCCAAGGAGGAGCUGUAGGGCCCC